AUGGCUGGAACAUAUGAGGAGAAUCCACAAAAUUGUACUUUUAAUGAGGACUUUAAAUAUAUUCUACUUCCAGUAUCUUAUGGGAUAGUGUUUGUGGUAGGACUUGUUCUCAAUGCUCUUGCGAUAUGGGUCUUUGUUUUUCGAAUGAGACCUUGGAACAUUACAACCACCUACAUGUUCAACCUAGCUCUCUCAGACACCAUGUAUGCUAUAUCAUUGCCUCUGCUGAUCUACUACUAUGCAAAACACAAUGACUGGCCUUUUGGGGCAGCUUUGUGCAAAAUUGUCCGAUUCCUCUUUUACACCAACCUGUACUGCAGUAUCCUGUUCCUCACUUGUAUGAGCAUCUAUAGAUUCCUGGGGAUCUGCUUUCCAAUGCAGUCACUGAGAUGGUCAAACUUGCGAUAUACACGAAUAGUGUGCAUUGUUGUUUGGGGUAUCGUGAUAGCGUUCCAGAUACCAAUAUUUGUAUUUGUCGACAUAGAAGGUAUUGGUAACACUACCCUUUGUUAUGACACUACAAACCAAAUCCAUUUUAAUCAGUUUGUGAUUUACAGUGCUGUACAGCUGGUGUUGCUAUUUUGUGCUCCUUUCACAGUGGUCGUGAUCUGCUAUGGAAUCACGGCUAAGAAACUCCUUCGGCCCGAUGGCAUCCGUCCUGAAUAUGCCAGAUCCAGGAAAAAAUCAAUCAAGAUGAUUAUUACUAUACUCACUGUUUUUGUUUUGUGUUUCUUACCUUUCCACAUCACACGCUCCAUUUACUAUUCCUCAAGAAGUCUUCAUGUGAGCUGUAGUACACUAGAUGCAUUUAACCUGGCGUACAAGCUGACCAGGCCCCUCGCAAGUGCAAACAGUUGCCUUGAUCCAAUUCUUUAUGUUCUAGGUGGGCAGACGUAUCGAAGUAAGCUAGCACGUAAGAGUAAUGGUGUUGAAAAUAAGAACAAUCUUCCUUUAGCCAAAAAGAUAAUUAGCGGAGCAGACAUUACGCACUCUGUUUAUACUACAGAAAUCGGACUUGAGGAGCUAAAGCAAGCUGGAAGUAGCAAUGGAGUCUAG